CUUGGUUCAGUUUCUCUAGAGACAGCAUUGUGCAGAGUUGUGUUUAUACUUUAAAAACAAAUUAUCCUUUGAUCAAAAUGUGGAAGAAAGUGAUUUUCUGUGUGGUCCUAGUGGCCAUUGUGGGCGUGCAGUUUGCCAACUCGCUGACCUGCUCCAAAUGUACAACUCCAAGUGGAUGCAAAAGUCCUUCGUACGAAACCUGCUCGAACUCGACGGCCAAUGCCAAUAAGGAAUUUUUGGAGUCGUACCACAGCAAUGUGCCCGCACUUAAUGGCAGUCUGAACUUCUCUUGUGCCAAUCUCACAUACUACCAUGCAGCAAACUAUUCUCAUGCCUCUGAGUUCCUGGGCUGUGUCUUCAAUGAGACAAACGUCUGCGGUCUUACUUUGACCAACACCACUGGAUGGUCCAGGGCAUGCUUCACCUGCGGCACCGAUUAUUGCAAUCCGGCGGGAACUUUCAGCGGCAGCGCCUAUACCAUCGUGGGUUCCGUCAUCGCCCUACUUUUGGCCAAGAUCCUAAGCUAAACCCAUUAUCUUACUGAGGAGCUAUGCAGUAUUUAAACCUAAUUCCAAUUGUAAAUUAUUUAUUUUCAAUGUUUUAUAUGAAAUAUACGAAAACAAAGAGUU